AUGAUGGACGUUCUACCGGCUCAGCCAGAGGUCCACCAAAAUCUCUACACCUGCAUAUCAUGCACAAUCGCUUUCCUCACCGCGCAGGAUCAGAGGGAGCACUACCGUUCCGAUCACCACAGAUACAACAUGAAGCGUCGAGUCGCGAGCCUCCCCCCUGUCAGCGCUGCGUUGUUCAACCAGAAGGUCCUCGAGAGGAGGGCGGAGACCGCGGUUAUGGCCUCACCUAAAGGAUCGUCGUGCGAGCCUCGAAGAAGCACAAGGAAAACGAGCUUCGCGCCGCGACCAAGGCACAGGCCCCCCAGGCCACCCCCGAAGACACCCGCGCCGAGCCCGUGGCCGGUCGCCUCCCAAAUCCAAGGCGUCUCGCUCUCCGUCGACGCCGACGCGACCGAGGACGAAGUGAACGCGACGAUCGACUCCAAGAUCGCCGCCGCGCGCGCGGCGCUCCUCCCGACGCAGUGCCUCUUCUGCGCCGCGCCGGCGAGCGAGAGCCUGGACGCGAACCUGGAGCACAUGUCGCGCGCGCACGGCUUCUUCGUGCCCGACGCGGACUUCCUCGUCGACCUCGUCGGCCUCGUCGGCUACCUGGGCGAGAAGACCGCGGUCGGGAACGCGUGCGUGUUCUGCGACGCCGCGUUCCGCACGCACGACGCCGUGCGCCGGCACAUGCGCGACAAGGGCCACUGCAAGAUCGCGUACGACACGGACGAGGAGCGGCUCGAGGUCUCGGACUUUUACGACUUCGAGGCGUCGUACCCCGACAUGGAGGAGCGCAAGGCGCGGAGAGAGGCUCGCGAGACGAGGCGCGCGGAGCGCCAGCGACGCAAGGAUGAGAAGGCGGCGGCGAAGGCGGAAGGCGCUGGCGACGAUGCCACGGAGGAGUGGGAGGACGACGACGGUGAAGGUGACGUCGACGAGGUCGUCGAGGAGGAGGCGUCGUCGACCGAAGACGAGGACGAUAGCGAUGAAGACGAAGAGGACGUGCCCGACAACCAGGUCACAUACGGCGACUCGUCCUACGAGCUCGUCCUGCCCUCGGGCGCGCGCAUUGGCCAUCGCGCGAUGCGCCGCUACUACGCGCAGUCGUUCCCCGGGGCACCGCGUGGGGGACGGGUGGAGGACCCGAACUCGGGCGCCGCGCUCGUCCGCCGACUCAUCGCGGACAAGAACUCGGCGCUCGUCCCCGUCCGAGGCGGGUUCGGCGCGUACGGGCAGGGCACGCAGGUGGUCAAGGCGCGGAACGCGGGCGAGGCGCGGCACGCAGGGCGGCACAUCCGCGAAUUCCGCGACCAGCGUCGGAGGGAGGAGUUCAGGACCAAGGUCGGGUUCAUCCACAACAACCAGAAGCACUUCCGGGACCCCAAUAUGCCCUAG